AAGAGCAGUGGGUGACACACCUCUUCCGCGCCUCCUAUUACUAACCCCAUAUUUUCCCAGCACCCCUCACAUUCUCAACCUGUUGUGUACAGCCCAUCUCAGACCUGGGCAAGAUAUUGUGUUUGAGCAGAGCAUUUUUAACCCGUUCAAGUAGCAAGAUGGCCGAGGGAUCUCUUGCUACGGCCGACAUCGUCAUCAUUGUUCUUUACUUCGUGUUCGUCAUCGUUGUCGGGCUAUGGUCUAUGUACAAGACCAACAGAAGCAAUGCCAGUGGAUAUUUCCUCGCAGGACGAUCGAUGUUGUGGCUACCCAUCGGGGCGUCAUUAUUUGCAAGUAACAUCGGAACUGGCCAUUUCAUCGGUUUGGCGGGCACUGGGGCCGCAGCCGGGGUAGCCGUGGCGGCUUACGAAAUCAUGGCAGCAUUUGCUAUCCUUCUCCUCGGUUGGAUAUUUCUUCCAGUGUAUGUGUCUUCAGGGGUCUACACGAUGCCAGAGUACCUCAGAGUGAGAUUCGGGGGUCAACGCUUGAGAAUUUUCAUGUCGCUUUCAGCCUUGUUUCUCUACGUAUUCACAAAAAUAUCGGUGGAUAUAUAUGCUGGUGCCAUCUUUAUCCAACAAGCUUUCAACUGGAAUAUCUAUGCUUCUAUCUUCAUUCUCUUGGCUGUGACUGCGAUCUAUACAAUCACAGGUGGCUUAGCAGCUGUCAUCUAUACCGACACCCUUCAAUCAUUUGUCAUGGUCAUCGGUGGUAUUGCCCUUAUGGUGAUAAGUUUCAUGGAAAUCGGUGGUCUGGAGGGUUUGAUGCUGGAGUACAUGCAAGCCAUCCCAUCAUCGGUUCUUAACGAUACCAAUACCAGCUGUGGGUAUCCCAGGGAAGAUGCCUUCAGUAUGAUGAGACACCCUCUAACCUCCGACCAGCCUUGGCCCGGUACCAUCAUUGGUAUCAUGGUGAUCGGGGUUUGGUAUUGGUGUACGGAUCAGGUCAUCGUGCAGCGUUCUCUUGCCGCCAAGAACGUAACGCACGCCAAGGGAGGGUCAUUGGUGGCUGGCUACCUCAAACUUUUACCUCAGUUUCUUAUCGUCAUGCCGGGUAUGAUUGCAAGGGUUUUAUACACAGAUGAGGUUGCGUGUGUUGACAGUGAAGCCUGCACAGAGUACUGCCAGAAUCCCAGCUCAUGCUCAAACAUUGCCUACCCUCUUCUUAUCCUUCGGCUUAUGCCAGUCGGUGCCAAGGGACUGAUGAUGGCAGUCAUGAUUGCUGCCCUCAUGAGCUCUCUCACGUCCAUUUUCAACAGCGGAAGUACGAUCUUCACCAUGGAUGUAUGGCGCCGUGUACGACCACAGGCGAGGAACACUGAAUUGAUGAUUGUUGGAAGGGUAUUUGUGUUGAUUUUAGUUGGGAUAAGCAUCCUUUGGGUUCCUAUAGUCCAAGCUGCUCAAGGUGGCCAGCUAUUCCAGUACAUCCAAUCUCUUCAGUCUUAUUUCGCACCAUCCAUCUUCAUAUGUUUUGUCAUGGGCGUGAUCUGGCCAAGAACUAAUGAACAGGGGGCUUUCUGGGGUCUGGUAGCCGGUGUGGCCCUUGGCCUGACUAGGAUGAUCCUGGACAUCAUAUACCCUUCCCCAGCCUGCGGGGUAGAGGACACCAGACCCGGUAUUGUUAGUGGGGUCCACUUCCUCUACUACAACUGUAUCGUGACCCUGGUAUCUUUGGUCGUCACCAUAGCUGUCAGUCUGAUUACAGAGAAACCCUUGCCUGAACAGGUCAUGGGUAAGACUUACUGGACCAGAGGAAUGGACAUCAAAGCGGGUGACAAAAAUGGGAAGACCACUGAUCCUGAACAGAACCCUGAGGCUGUGGAAAUGAACAAGAGCAAAGAGGCCAACGAAGCCACCCAAGAUGAAGUGAAAAGGGCACCGGGAGACAGAGAGGGCGCUUUGGAGGCUGAGCCAGCACCGCAAAACACGACUGAAAACGACGAAACCUCUGUUUUGAAGAGAUGUGUCUAUUGGUUUCUUGGUUACAACCCUAAGGACGACCACGAAGUGCCGGACGAGGCCAGCAUGAUCAAGAGCAUUGACGAGAAUCCGAUGUGGCAAAAGUUCACCCUUGUCAACGCAAUCAUAUUAUGCGGAGUGUCAGUGGCAAUGAUGGUCUGGUGGUGGUAAAGAGAUGCAUUCCCCGAACACGUCUAUCCCCACCUGGAAAAAAAAACUCCGGUUUUCUGGGUUGAAUUUGAUUGUAUAAAAAAAUUGAGUAAAAUUCAUUAAGCAAAAUGCUGAAAAAGUCGUCAAAAUCUGAAGGCGAAAACGCUCAGAAACAGAGCUGACAUGUCCAAAUCAACUUCUGCAGGAUUGAGCCGAGAUAGAUCAAUCAUGCAGGACCCAGGCCAACAGCCUCGAAAAGGAACUGUCAGGUCUAAAUCAACUCGUGCAAGAUCUUUCACUGAUGUCCAAAUUAACGUCUGUAAAAGUCUGCAGAAGGUUACGAUUGAUCAUCUAGCUGCAGGAUCCAGGCCAAAACGCCUGGAAACGAAAUAAUCCAAAUCGGUUCUAACUGAUAUUUCAAACUUCAUGAUAGAUCCCGGAACUGCGCGGGAU